AUGAAGCUGGUUGCUGAUGGCUUUUUGAUAAUAGUCCUGAGUUUAUGCAGUAUUUGUGGCAUCCACAUCAUAACUGUCCUGUAUGGAGCAUAUUUAAUUGAGAACGUGGAAGAAACCUUGACAUUUAGCAUUUUAGUUGCAUCAUUGGCACUCAUCAGACCAUUAAUUACUCUGGGACCCAAAGCUUUUCAUAUUCUUCUUGAAAGGCUGAACUGGGAAGAAGAACUUGACUUGCAGUGCAUUGCCGUCUUCUUAGGUGCAUGGUUAGGUGCACUGCCAAUUCCUCUUGACUGGGACACUCCUUGGCAGGUUUGGCCACUGACCUGUUGUAUUGGUGCCAUCCUUGGAGAAUUGGUUACUUCAGUUUACCUACUGACAGGACUCUUUAUCAGUGACUCUGGCAGGCGGAAGAACAAGGCCACUUGAGUAGCAAGAUUUACUUAAAAA